CUUACCUUUAUUAGCUAGUACUGUAUCCACAGACAUGGACCAGGCCAUUGUUUCCUCAGCAUCUGACCUGUGGAAACAACAUCUGUCCUUGAAAAUAACAUGGUGACCUCUGGCCUGUGCACUCUAUGGUAGCUACUCUAGUAUUUGGCUGUCUCCUGGAGGAGCAGGUUUUUUAAAAUAAGAUAAAGAGACAUGUAAGCUCUAGAAUACCUGCAAGAAUACCUGGAGAGGUAGAGUUUGGAGAUGGUUCCCAGGCCAUGGUGCUCAGCAGCAUUCCCUGGUAAGCACUGAAAAAUUCAGAUGUUGUAUUCAGCUGUAUACAAGUGAAGCCCUGGUAGAGCAGUUCAGCUCAGCACAAAGUACUAGAACAUAGUGAGAAGUUCUCCUGUGUUAGAAAUCCCUCCACAUCUUCCUUCAAACUGUUUUUGCUACUUGCCAGCGACACAAAACAGCCUUUUGCGUGCCCAGGCAUCCCACAGCGCACUGCUCUGAGAUGGGGAGGAACUGAGAUGGGAGAGUAACAGCCUGGAGUAGCCAUGACCACUGAAGCAGUGUUCCCCAUGCUCCCUGCCUCCUCCCACGCCUGCCGCUGAGCCCAGGGACACAUACCACACUUGUGUAUGAGGUGAAGCGAGCCAGAGGUGACGUGACAAACUUAAAAAACUGUUGUGAAUUGCUGCUUCUCUGUCUGGCAGGGAGGAGGAGAUUUUGGUGUUGAGAACAGCACAGUCUGUGCCCUGGGAAAAGAAGCCUGACUAGGAAGGAGGAAAGCCCCUGAAGCUUUUUCCACCCUUUUGAAAGAAUCCACCUCUGCAGCCAGACACCAAGCUUCAUUUCUGACGGCGAAGGACCUGCACGCAGCCUCUGUGCCUCCUGCCUCGUUGCUUUUCCUGGAAUACAAAAUCCGACCUCCGGAGCAAGAUGUGCAAGGGACUCGCUGCACUGCCAGCCACUUGCUUAAAAAGUGCCAAAGACAUGAAGCAUCGUCUGGGAUUUUUGCUGCAGAAGUCAGACUCCUGCGACUACGGCUUUUCCCAGGGCAGGAAGGAGAAAACAUCUUCAAGUCAGAGGGUUAGCCAAGAGGAAGUCAGAAAGUGGGCAGACUCUUUGGAAAACUUGAUCCAUCAUGACAGAGGACUGGCUGCUUUUCGUGCUUUUCUCAAAUCUGAGUACAGUGAGGAAAACAUCGAUUUCUGGAUCAGUUGUGAGGACUACAAGAAAACCAAGUCACCAGCCAAGCUCAGCCCCAAGGCCAGAAAGAUCUAUGAUGAAUUCAUCUCUGUGCAGGCAACAAAAGAGGUGAACCUGGAUUCAUGCACUCGGGAGAAGACAAGCCACAAUAUGCUGGAGCCUACACUGUCCUGCUUUGAUGAGGCUCAAAGAAAAAUAUUCACCCUCAUGGAAAAGGAUUCUUACCGCCGUUUCCUCAAGUCCCCCUACUACCUGGACUUGGUCAGCCCACCUGGUGCUGGCUGCGGGCCCGAAAACUGCAAAAGAAGCCACGCUCACACUUUAGACUGCAACUCUAACAUCAUCUCUCAGUGUGCCUGAACCUGCAGCAAGUCAGGAGCAGGUUGGGUUCUCGCAAGAACAUCCGGCAGCAAAAGCAUUCAUUGGCAUGAAGCAACAGAGCUGUCUCCAGUAGCUGUCUAAUGUCCCAGUUGUACCCCAUGUCACGCAAUAGCCAGCAUUUGUAACCCAAGCCAGGCUCAGUUGGUGUAGCAAACCCUCCUCUGACUCGGUCGGUGUAGGAACCCUGGAGUCUGUGUCUGACAUGAAAGCUGGGUGCAGUCAUUGCAUGGUCACUGUGGUUCUGGUGAGCCCGGGAGGCCCAGGAUGGCACAAGCCACCGAGGGACAGACCCACAGUGUCGCAGUGUGACACCUAGCAAGGAGCAGGGGCAAGAGGAAGCCAAGGGAAGUGCUGGGGACUUUGAUCUCCCCUUUCUAAUCAGCAAAAGCUUAGAUGGAAAGGACUUGAGCUGGUCCUUAGCUGUUCAUAUAGCUCCCAAAGGUCUAGCCUUUCAGUAGUAUAUGCUCAGAACUUAGGCUGUGCUGCAUUACAGUAAUCAGACACAGGAAGAGCUCCUACUUCUUCUUGAAGGGAGACCAAAACUUUUCGGAUGAAUCUUGAUCACCACAGCCACAAUUGCAGGGAAACUCUCCUCUCUGGUCACUUCUCCCUCUGUAGCAUCUAGUUUAUGCUGGCCAAGGAUUUUUUCUGGGCCUGUAUGGAGCUAUUAUUUUGGAGGAGGUUCGUUAUUUCAUGUAUUCUUAACUUUGUCCUUCAUGCUCCAGGUUAAAUAUCAUAGCUGAGUGGAACAGAAACAUGUUCCUUUGCUCCCAGACUGAUAGGUGUAUAUUACUGACUCUGGGGAGUACAUUUGGAUUCAGGUUUGCCUGCCCUGGUUUGUACAGAGUGGUUUGUGAGGGAAUAGAGCCACAACCACCACAGCUGGGGAGGAAAGGCCCUGCUUGUGAGUACUUGAAAAUGUCUUUUUUUUUUGUUAUGUUAUUUAUGGGAGUUUGUAUUUCAGUAGUAGCAUGACUCACUUUUUUCUUGAAAAUGGUAGGAGGAAUGUGUCAGUUUCAUUAAUGCUCCUGGGCUUUGCUAGAAGGUAGCUUACAUUUUAAUCACUGCAGUCGGACAUGGCCCUCACUGUAGGCUUUGGGACUGACCUUGAUCUGCAGUUGGAGGCAUGAGGAAUAGCUGCAGGGCUUGCUGCCUUGGGCUGCAGAACCAGGCAUCACAUUCUCCCCCAGCCCUUGGUCUCUCCUUAGCUGAAUGUUGCUGCUCUGACAGCUGUACAUUCCUUGCUCUGUAUCUCAGUCCAGACAACAGUUCUCACAUCAAGGUUUUUCUAUGACAGGAGGAGGCUGUGGUGCUCCCGUAGGCACUUCCAGACCCAUAGAGAAACAUCUCUUUUAGCAUUUGCUUUAUUUUGUAUUUAUUUGAUUGUACUGACACAUACCACCCUGCAUGUUCAGCUAAGAGAUGGAGAGGCUUGCUAAAGCUCUGAACAUAGCCAAGCAUGUGGCUAUAUUUCAUUUUCCUCUGAUACUGGGAACUCUUGAUAACUAUUGCAAAAACUGUGUUGAUAUUUAAAUAAUGAUGAAUACAUUCUAAAUAAAAAUGUUUGCAUUAGUCCCUUCUAAAA